AUGACUGCCCCUAAAAAACUAAGUGGCUUGCAAAAACAAGUAGUUUCAUUAUAUCGUAAUUGUAUUCGUACCGCAUAUACUAAGCCUACAGAAAACAGGCAUCAUUUUAUUGAUUUUACAAGAAAAGAGUUUGGAAAAUAUAAAAGUUUACCAAAAAAGGAAUUUGGUGCCAUUGAACAUUUGUUAAGGUUGGGUAAUAGAAGAUUAGAAAUGUUAUCCCAAUCCGAAAUUAAAGACAUACACUAA